GUGGUCAGGGGUGCCGGCUGCCGUCGCCGGGAACCAUCGCACCGGGAGACAGGUCACCACUCUCCGCCGCUGGACGAAGAGGAAAAGUGGGUCCAGCGACGUUCGGAGCUCCCCGGCGCCUCAGCGGGUUAGCAUUGGAAGAGGCGUCCGGGCUUGCCCGCGGCGUGGGGCGGGACAGGAGCCCCCGAGGCGGGGGCAGCCCACCGAGAACCUGCUGCUGCCGAGAGGUAAAAAAAUAAGUCACUGAAGAGGUCUCUCUGGGAAUCAUCUAACAUGUCACGGAGAAGAUUUGAUUGUCGAAGUAUUUCAGGCUUACUAACAACAACUCCUCAAACUCCACUGAAAACGGAAAACUUUAAUAAUUUUUAUACACUUUCAUCUAAGGAGUUAGGAAGAGGAAAAUUUGCUGUGGUUAGACAAUGUAUAUCCAAAUCUACUGGCCAAGAAUAUGCUGCGAAAUUUCUGAAAAAGAGAAGACGAGGACAAGAUUGUCGAGCAGAAAUUCUGCAUGAGAUUGCUGUACUCGAAUUGGCAAAAUCCUGCCCUCAUGUGAUUAAUCUUCAUGAAGUCUAUGAAAAUACCAGUGAAAUUAUUUUGGUAUUGGAAUAUGCUGCAGGUGGAGAAAUUUUCAACUUGUGUUUACCUGAGGUGGCCGAAAUGAUCUCUGAAAAUGACAUUAUCAGACUCAUUAAACAAAUACUUGAAGGAAUUUGUUAUCUGCAUCAGAAUAACAUUGUACACCUUGAUUUGAAGCCUCAGAAUAUAUUAUUGAGCAGCAUAUAUCCUCUUGGGGACAUAAAAAUUGUUGAUUUUGGAAUGUCUCGGAAAGUAGAAAAUGCUUAUGAACUUCGGGAAAUCAUGGGAACUCCGGAGUACCUAGCUCCAGAAAUCUUAAACUAUGAUCCUAUUACCACAGCAACAGAUAUGUGGAAUGUUGGUGUCAUAGCAUAUAUGUUGUUAACUCAUUCAUCCCCAUUUGUGGGAGAAGAUAAUCAAGAAACAUACCUAAACAUUUCUCAAGUUAAUGUUGAUUAUUCAGAAGAAACUUUUUCCUCAGUUUCACAGCUGGCUACAGACUUUAUCCAGAGUCUUCUAGUAAAAAACCCAGAGAAAAGACCAACAGCAGAAAUCUGCCUUUCACAUUCUUGGCUGCAGCAGUGGGACUUUGGAAAUUUGUUUCACCCUGAAGAAACUUCCAGCUCUUCUCAGAUACAGGAUCAUACAAUAAGGGCUUCUGAAGACAAGAUGUCCAGACCGUCUUGUAACGGAAUGUGUACUGAUCGAGAAGACAAAGAAAAUAUUCCAGAGGAGAGCAGUAUGGUUUCUAAAAGAUUCCGCUUCGAUGACUCGCUGCCCAGUCCCCACGAACUUGUGUCAGAUUUACUCUGUUAGCACUUUCCUCUUUGACUCAUUUGGACCAUUUGGACUGAAUUUGGAGUGGAAAUCUACUCCAGUGCGAGAUUGUGGUUUGUAACUUAAUAUAUGGAAUGUUUAUAUUGUAAAUGCACUUUUGCAUAAAAGAAUUUAGGGAAAUAUUUUAAUGCUAAAUUACUAGUUACUCACAUAAUACUCAUUUACUAUCCUGAGAUCAACUCAGCAAAAAAAAAUAUUUAUAUGACAAAAAAAUGCGAGUUUACAUGUAAUGAAAGAAUUCAAGUUCAAGUGGAUUUUUCAAGAUAUUUCAUAUAUCAAGAAAAAUUAUUUGUCAUAUUAACAUUUGUGUAAGCAAUAUGAUGACAUUGGAAUUUAAUAGGUUUUCUCAAGUCCUACACAUGCCAAUUUUGACAAAUUUUAAGACAACAGUGCCAAGUUUAAGCAAGAGUAUAUACUAUUUUAUAUAUGUUCGAAGAGAUUUGAAAAUGUUUUUAAAUCACAAGUGUUUUGAAUCUGAAUAAGAUUUCCAUUUAUAUAUAAUCUAUUAUAAGAGAUAAAUCGUUUAACCAAAGGAAAGCAAAAGUUCAAAACCUAAUCAGGGUUAUUUUAUAUAAAUCGAUAAAUCGUAGUAGAUGAGAGUGACAUGUCACUAUUUAACUUGUCUUUAUUUUUUUUUGCUCUCAACAAAAUUCAAAUCUAAAAGGUAUGGAAAAUGGACAUUAUACAGUGUAGAGGAUUUUAUCCUCUGAAAUCUCAAUAGUAGAAGGUACUUUGAAACUAAAUGUGCUCUAGUUUAGUCAGACAUGUUUAUUAAUUAAGUAUAAAAGAAAAUGCUGACAGACUUAGAUAACUUAAGGAAUAUUAAGAUGUCUUCUAAAUUUUAGACUGCAACAAGCUCAUUAGAGAGACAUAAAAAGUCCACAUAAAAAACGGCACAACCAGGACCAUUAACACAAUGAAGAGUCUAGAGGUGGAUGUGAUCAUGAAACGACAUCAACCUCUUCUAAAGUUCUUGCAUAAAAUACUGUGGUAAGACUCAGCAUAUGACCAAGUAGAGUAGCCUCAAAUGGACUUUCGCUGGGACCAAUACAAGGGUCUAGAGAAAAUAAAAUGUUUGCCCUACAACUGCUAGCUGUGCUCAGUCAUAAUAUGGGGGAGAUUUUCCCCUUUUUGGGGGGGGGUAAUCCUUGAAGACUUUGCAUUUGAUGUCUGUAAAAAAUCUGUUAUAUUAUGCUAAUAUUAUAGCCUCAUGACCUUAUUUAUAAAAAAAUUACUCAAAUCUGGUUAAAUUAUUUUGACAAAAACUUGUUUCUCCCUUGGAAUUUUAUGUUACUCUGACUUCUAAAAUUCUGAUAAACUCAGUAUCUAAAUUUUUAAAAUAUCUGUUAGGUCACUUUAUUUGGUAAAAUGGUGAAUUCCUUUUGUAUUCAGCAUUUUUUAAAGAAAAAGUUAUCUCUACAUAAACAUGUUUGCAUGUGUGUAUAUGUGUAUAUUUAUAUAUACACACAUAUAUAUAAAGUAUAUACAUAUUAGUAGAUAAAAUGCAGUUGUUAGGCUACUGUCUCGUAGAGAUUCUUUGCUCUAUGUCUUGUAUCCAACUCAGGUGCCAAAGGAGCUUUCUUAUUUUAUAUAUAUUUAUGUGUGUAUAUGUAUAUAUAUGUUUAUCACACAUAUUUACACACAUACAUAUAUAUCAUAUACAUUUCAAUAAACUAGCCAUUGCAAAAGCUAAAUUGGGUUCUUAUACAUCUAAAACUUUUUUUUUAAUUGUCCAUUGUUACUGCCUUCAGUAUUAAGCAAGUAGAACUAAGUUAAUGGUAAGAAAAUAAUUACUUUUAUGUAAGACUGUAUUCUUUAAAAAUCUUCCGAGGAAUGUCAUGCUAAAAAAUUCAAUAUUUGAAUUUCAAAUUAUAGGCUAAUUCUUAAAAAAAUAUUUUAUACCUGCUUUCUUCUACUCACAGGAAUUAUAAACUGUGCACAAAUAUAUAAUCUAGUUUAUAUUUUUGCCCUAGUUAAUAGAUUACACUGAACUGUAAAUUUUCAUACCUUUCCCCCUCCAAAAUUUUGGGGUCUGCCCAAGAGGCACUCACAGGGAUGUGGGGUUCAGUGUAGCUUCAGCAUUUUAGGAUGCAGUGCUGCUCAGGCUAUGUGUUGCCAGGGACUUUCAGGGCCACCACAUGGUUUUUGGGAUCCUCGGGGCCACUAAUGCUACAUUGAGCAAUGUCAGGAGAUCAUGCGGUGCCAGGGCUGGAUGCGUGCAAGACAUUCGACUGAGCCGCUGUGCUAUCUCCCUGGCCACUUAAACAAUUUUUAUUGUAAAAGGCAGCUAAGUGGUUGCACAAACCAUUUGUAUAAAACCCAUUUUUUUCAGAAGGGUUACUGUUUUUAGUGACUCAAAUGUAUGUGAAAACAAACUAAUAUUUAGAGGCCUUAUAAUAGCAAAUGACAAAUCCUAUUUUUUUCUCCAAAGAUUGAAAACAAAUAUUUAUCAAAAGCAAAUGAAGUAUCUCACCAAAAUAGCAAUCAGGAGAACCAUUCUAGGUGACUAUAUAGUUUAUAUAAAUUUGUCAGCUACAUUUACACAUUUGGAAUAUUCAUGUAGCUUGUGGAAAGUUUGUAAAGUUUAAUUUGCAUUUUUAAUGCAAUCCUUAGGUAGAUGGAAUUAAAAAUAAUUGCAGAUGGUGAUUAUAAAUCAUUUUACUCCCCCCCUGUGAAUUACGUUAAUCUAAUUCUGAACAGUAAAAUUAUAAUGGCACUUUAAAGAAAUAAAUAAUACCUGUUCUUCAGUCUGUAAUGAGAUAAGAUAUUUGUGCCAGAGUGCAGAUCUUCCUUUAUCAAGGAAGUCUUAUUACAAAAAGUUCAGCUGAAUGAGUGGAAUUAGUGAUGUAAUUCAUUUCAUUUACAUAAAGUCACAAACUCCUUUCAUUGUGGGUGGGUUGUAAAUGGUUAAUGGGUCAUACUUUGACUAGCCAUUCUCUAAACGAUUAUAAAUGUUGAUAUUUUGUAACUGUUUACAUUUAUGUUUAUUUUUGAAAAAUUUUGUUUGCUUUCUGACUUGGAAGCUUGCCCUAUUGUGCAAACACUUGUACUUAAUUUCAGAAUUAGGUUGUCUUACUUUGGAUAAUUAUUACCAGUUUAUAAUAUAAAGACUUGAAGGGCUUUAGACCUUAAUUGUAAAUUUCCACACAGAUUGCUCUGCAUCUUUCAUUAAUCAUGUUGCUUAAAGCGUAUAGACCACAUAUUAUGAAGACUUCAGUUUAAAAAUUACAUCAACAAUGAUCCUUUUGGUUUCAAAAUUAAAAAGCACUUUUUAAACACG